UCCUUUUGAUGAAUUAUUUCAUCACCACUCUCUUCACCUCUCUCUCUCAUCACACACUCAUAUACAUCUUCACACACAGUUCCAAAAUCCCUAGAAAACCAAAAAAACCCUCUUCUUCAUUCUCUCUCUCUACCUCUCUCACAAACACUUCAACCACAUUUUCCAUUUCCAUUUCUCUUAGAUCUCACAACAAAGCUAUAAACUUUCCCAAAACCACACUUGAAAAAUCAAUUAAGUGUUAAACAAAAAAAACACACACAUACACAUUUCAACAAUCUACAUUCACUAGUGUUCAUUUGUUUUUCAGAUGCCUCAUGUGAGAUGAGGAAAAAAGGUUAUCAUUCGAAUCCGUCGUGUGUUGUUGUUCUUUUUUCAUUCUUCUUAGGUUUAACACUACUCUCUACCUUAAGUGUUGUUUCAUCGUAUCAUGUCUCAGAUGGGUCCCUCACAGAAAAUGAAGCGAUGUACAUCAAACAUCGCCAACUUCUUUACUAUAGAGACCAAUUUUGUGAUAGAGGUGAAAAUGUUACGGUGGAUCCGAACCUAGUUUUUCAAAACAACCGCAUCAAAAACGCUUACGUGGCGUUACAAGCUUGGAAACACGCUAUUCUUUCUGAUCCACGAAACUGCACCGUUGAUUGGGUUGGUUCCAAUGUGUGCAACUACACAAAUGUUUACUGUGCACCCGCGUUGGAUAACCCUAAGAUCCAAACCGUUGCCGGAAUCGACCUUAAUCAUUGUGACAUUGCCGGAUACCUACCGGAGGAGCUUGGUCUUUUGACUGACCUUGCGCUUUUCCAUGUCAACAGUAACAGAUUCUGUGGAACUGUUCCUCAUAAAUUUGAAAAUCUGAAAAUCUUGUUCGAGUUGGAUCUGAGUAAUAACCGUUUUGCCGGAAAGUUUCCGGAAGUUGUUCUCCGGUUACCGGAGUUGAAAUUUUUAGAUCUGAGGUUUAAUGAAUUUGAAGGAACGGUUCCGAAGGCGCUUUUUGAUAAAGAUUUGGACGCGAUUUUCAUCAAUCAUAACAGAUUCGUUUUCGAUUUACCGGAUAAUUUCGGUAAUUCCCCGGUUUCGGUUAUUGUUCUUGCGAAUAACCGUUUUCAUGGAUGUUUUCCGGCGGGUUUCGGAAACAUGACGAAUUUGAAUGAAAUUAUUUUGAUGAAUAAUGGUUUUCAAUCGUGUUUGCCGGAUGAAAUAGGGCUUUUGAAGAAUUUGACGGUGUUUGAUGUUAGUUUCAACAAGUUUUUGGGACCGUUGCCGGAGGCGAUUGGAGGAGCAGUGAGUUUGGAACAGUUGAAUGUGGCGCAUAAUUAUCUUUCCGGUAAGAUACCGGAGAGUAUUUGUAAGUUGCCGAAUUUGAAGAACUUCACUUAUAGUUAUAACUUCUUUACCGGUGAACCACCGAGUUGUUUGGCGGUUCCGGCAUUUGAUGAUAAACAAAACUGUUUGCCGGCGAGACCGAAACAACGGUCGGAGAAGUUAUGUAAGUCGUUUUUGUCUCAUCAUAUUGAUUGUAAUUCUUUUAGAUGUAAAGCUUUUGUUCCUUCGUUACCUUCACCGCCUCCUUCACCGGUAUUUUUGCCACCACCAUCGCCAGUGCUUUCUCCUCCACCACCGGUGUUAUCUCCACCUCCGCCACAAUUCUCAUCACCUCCACCUCCGCCACCGGUUUAUUCACCACCGCCACCUCCUCCUUCACCGCCACCACCUUCACCGCCGCCACCACCUCCUCCAGUGUAUUCACCACCUCCUCCACCACCAUCACCGCCACCACCUUCUCCACCACCACCACCUCCACCGGUAUACUCUCCACCACCACCUCCACCAGUGUACUCUCCACCACCGCCACCACCAGCGUACUCUCCACCACCUCCACCACCGCCACCACCAGCGUACUCUCCACCACCUCCACCUCCAGUGUACUCUCCACCACCACCACCACCAUCACCGCCACCUCCAGUUUAUUUGCCACCUCCAUCACCACCACCACCAUCACCAAUAUAUUGUGUUAGUUCUCCGCCACCUCCACCACCAAAUUCACCACCUCCUCCGGCUCCUGUAUUCUCACCACCACCACCUGUACCUUACUACUAUAGCUCACCACCUCCACCGUCACCUCAGUCGCCUCCACCACCACCUCAUUCGCCGCCACCACCACCUCACUCUCCUCCCCCACCUUAUCCCUAUUUAUCACCACCACCACCUCCUCCAGUUCACUCACCUCCACCACCAGUCCAGUCCCCACCACCACCAUCUCCACCACCUUGUAUAGAACCUCCUCCACCUCCACCACCACCUUGUGAAGAACAUUCACCACCACCACCGUCGCCAUCACCCCCACCACCACCACCACACCAAACACCUUAUCACCCACCACCAUCUCCAUCACCACCACCAGUAUAUUCAUCACCACCGCCAGCACCAGUCUAUUCACCACCACCACCACCAAUUCAAUACAAUUCACCACCACCACCACCACCUACUCCUGUAUAUGAAGGGCCAUUGCCACCUGUUGUUGGAAUCUCAUAUGCAUCACCACCACCACCACCCUUUUAUUGAUUCUUUUGAGAACUUCUCCUCUUACUCUUUUUCCCUCUCUACCAAACCUUAAAACACAUUCCAAAAAGUUCACAUUUUUAUCAAUCAAUUCAGUCAUGCAUGCAUACAAUUGCGACUCUCAUCGCAUGUUUAGAAGCGAAAACAAAAUCAAACUACAAUAAACCAAGAGAGAAAACCUUGAAGUAGGGUUUUUUGUGUCAAAAAUCAGCUUAAUUAGUCUUUGUUUAUGGGUCAAUAGAAAAAUGAGGUUAUGGUGGAAUUGAAAGAUGAGGUAAGAGGAGAAUGUCUCUAUCCCAUAUUGAUUUGAAUUGUUAUGGAUAUUCAAGUUGUGUAAUAAAAAUGGCUGAGAUAAGAAGAGUAGGUUGCAGAGAAAAACAUGUAUGUAUGGAGAUGAAUGAAUUGGAGACCAUGACACCAUAAUUCAAGGCCUGCAAAGAUCAGUGAGUGGCAAUUUCUGAUGCUGCUAAUACUGUUAUUGUUUGUGGAGUUUUAAUUGUUAUUGUCUCUCUUAUAUCAUACUUUUUUUUUUUUUUACUUAUUUUUUAUUUUUGUUUCUUUUGCAUUGCAAUUUAUAGUAUAAUUUAUGAACAUUUUACAUGUAUUGAUUUUCUGAAUUGAGGUAAUUCCUUUCUCUUAUAAGUGUCUCAAAUAUUUGUCUCUGCUAUUAGAAUCUUCUGUAUGCUGUA